GUAAAUAUGGUGGAUGAGGAGAACCGGUUCAGAGACAGUUUGGAAUGUGUUCAACUUGAAUUGGUCAAGAUUAAAGAAGCUGUUCCACAGAUAAUCAACAGUGAGGUACUGCAUGCUUUCAAAUACCAUCCUGUUGUUCAAAAAGAGUUGCUGCAAAUUAAAGAAGAGCAGAGGAAAAUGAGCAUAGAACUAGCUCGCUGGAAAAACAAAUGUGAGACUGCUCAACAUGAACUGCGUGCUGAAAAACAAAUGCACCAUGCGGCUCAAGAAGUGAUAGCUGGUUUGAAAGAGCAGCUGUCGAUGGAAGUGCAGUAUUGUGCCAAGUUAGGAUCGUCUAGUUGCGGUCUGCUGUGGUCUCUCAGCAAACAAGGAAUCUCCCACUCUACCAUGUACACGACCUGUAUGAAGAAGUUUCUGGACACUGUCGAGCAAACCUUGGUUAAUUUCUCGCACGCAGAUUCAAAGAUUGAUGCUGCCAGUGACGAGAUGAAACUGGUUGAAUCUCUUUGUGGCACCAUAACUAACAUAUCUGCGAGUGAUGAAGGGCGGGAGUAUAUCGUGGGUAACGAAAGUGGUAAAAGUCUGAUUUCUACUGUGAUCUCCAUUUUAGCAUCACUCUCGCCCUCUCAAUCCGUUCUGAAACUCCUGCUCAUGUUUCUUUUCAAUAUCUCCAUUCACGUUGAUGGCCAGGCCAUAUUAGCUAAACAGCUAGACUCUUUGUCGCUUGGGGAUCUGAUAAACAAAGCCAGGGAUUACCAGAUAAUAAUUGGAUGUCUGAGGAUACUGGACUCUGUUUACACGGAUUGUGAGGAUCCUACACUCGGCCUAACCCCUGACACCGUCCUCUUCUGUCUGUCCCAUCAGAACAAAGAUAUCAGGGAUAGCGCUGUUUCUCUGUUUAAGAACUAUUCUGAGCUUCGGGAACCAUAAAUUAUUAUUAUGAUUUAAAACUUAACUAUUAUUGUCACGUUAAACACAAUUUGGAGUUUAGAUUUGUUUGUAAAUUAAUAAUUAUUGUAGGCUGCGGCGUUUUUUCGCAUAAGUUCGUCAAAUUGUUAUUUUUCGAAUAAUUUAUCGUUUGAUGCAUUGAUGGAGUUGAUAGAUGAUUAUUUUGAUUUAUCCAAAAUUUG